CCUUUCAAUCUUCAUCAGCUCCCGUAUCUAGACUUCAAUAAUUUCAGUCCUUCAUCUCGUUAUCAGGCUUCAGCUCUUUAUACCUCUAUUUACAAUUCAAUGUCUAAGACUUGAAGAGAGUCAGCUCAGAUGGCCCUCCUGAAAGCCUUUGACCCUUUUGUUAUUUGUCUUCUUUGUUUGAUAUUGAGUGCAUCGGACUUCUGCAAUGGAGGAAUAACUAGUAGCUUUGUGAGGAAAGAGUAUUCUCCUGAUAUGCCCCUUGACAGUGAUGUUUUCCAAGUUCCUCCUGGUUAUAAUGAACCUCAGCAGGUUCAUAUAACACAAGGAGAUGCUGAUGGGAGGGGCGUGAUCAUCUCCUGGAUAACUCCUGAUGAACCUGGCUCCAAUACAGUUCUCUACUGGUCUGAAAAUAGCAAGCAUAAGAAUCGUGCUGAUGGAACUUUUGUCAGAUACAAGUUCUUCAAUUACACUUCGGGUUACAUUCAUCAUUGCACCAUCAAUAAGUUGGAGUAUAACACCAAAUACUUCUAUGAGGUUGGAAUAGGAAAUACUACCAGACAAUUCUGGUUUAUCACUCCUCCAAGAGCUGGCCCCGAUGUUCCUUACACUUUUGGCCUGAUAGGGGAUCUUGGUCAAACACAUGAUUCAAAUGUUACACUCACCCAUUAUGAAUCAAAUCCAAAGAAAGGGCAAACAGUCUUGUUUUUGGGGGAUCUCUCAUACUCAAAUGACUAUCCAUACCAUGAUAAUGUCCGGUGGGAUACAUGGGGAAGAUUUAUAGAGAGGAAUGCUGCUUAUCAGCCUUGGAUUUGGACUGCAGGGAAUCAUGAACUUGAUUUUGCUCCGGAACUUGGAGAAACGACACCCUUUAAGCCAUAUACACACCGAUAUUAUGUACCAUACGAGUCUUCACAUAGUACAUCUCCUUUAUGGUAUUCGAUCAAGAGAGCUUCAGCUUACAUCAUUGUUUUGUCUUCUUAUUCAGCAUAUGGAAAAUCCACUCCUCAAUUCAAAUGGCUAAGUGAUGAGCUACCUAAAGUGGAUAGAAGUGAGACCCCAUGGCUGAUUCUUCUCAUGCAUUGCCCAAUUUAUAAUAGUAAUUCGCAUCAUUACAUGGAAGGAGAAUCCAUGAGAGUGGUGUACGAGUCAUGGUUUGUCAAGUACAAAGUAGAUGUUGUAUUCGCCGGUCAUGUUCAUGCCUAUGAGCGAUCCAAGCGUGUAUCCAACAUUGCCUACAACAUUGUGAAUGGAAUGUGUACUCCUGUUAAUGACCAGUCUGCACCAGUCUACAUAACCAUUGGAGAUGGGGGAAAUCACGAUGGACCUGCUAUAGGCAUGGUGGAACCACAGCCAAGCUUCUCAGCCUAUCGGGAGGCCAGUUUUGGUCAUGGUAUAUUCGAUGUCAAGAACAGGACACAUGCCUGCUUCAGCUGGCAUCGAAAUCAAGAUGGACGUGCUACCGAAGCUGAUUCUUUAUGGUUUCACAACAGAUACUGGAAUCCCUUGGGAAAAUCUUUUGUAGCUUCAUAUUAAUCAGUCAAUAGCUGAUUCCUUUUUGGCCUUUUAUGUUUCUCCUGUCAAAUUUUCCUAGGUGCCUGCUGGAUUGGACAAACCACUUCUUUAGCUUGCUCUACUUCACUAUUCUCUAGCAAUAUAGUUGUAAUUUAUUAAUAAUACUAGUGUGUGCACAGAAGUUUUGUCUUUUGUU